UGCUGUCAAAAAGUCGGUCGUGUUUGUUGACGAACGGGCAAACGGGAGAGCCGCUCUUGUGCAUUCGCAUCGCCUUGCCACGAUGGGUCCUCCGAAAAAGUCCUCCAAAAAGGAUAAAAGUGGUUCCGGAUCGGGCAGUGCCAGCGGGUUCGUGGAGAACAAGUGGAACAAAAAGCGACGGACGGAAGAUGAAGCGUACGCCGCGUUUGCGGACGACGACGACAGCAACCUGGGCGAGAGUGACUUCGUCCCGGAUGCGGCCACGAAGAAUGCGGAAAAGAAUGACGAUGCGAUCCAGGAGGAUGAGUACGGGGCGAAGGACUAUCGGUCGCAGAUGGAGCUGAAGCCGGACAACGAGUCCCGGCCGCUGUGGGUUGCGCCGAACGGGCACAUCUUCCUGGAGUCGUUCUCGCCGGUGUACAAGCACGCGCACGACUUCCUGAUUGCCAUCUCGGAACCUGUUUGUCGCCCGGAACACAUACACGAGUACAAGCUGACCGCGUACAGUCUGUACGCGGCCGUGUCAGUCGGUCUGCAGACGCACGACAUUGUCGAGUACUUGAAGCGGCUCAGCAAAACAACCAUUCCGGAAGGCAUCGUGGAGUUCAUCCGGCUCUGUACACUGUCGUACGGUAAGGUGAAGCUGGUGCUGAAGCACAACAAGUACUUUGUGGAGAGUCCACAUCCGGAAGUGCUGCAGAAGCUGCUGAAAGACCCGGUCAUACAGUCGUGCCGGUUGCGCCGCACUGAGGAGGAAGGGGGCGAUGGGUUCAUAAAGCAAACACUGGAGAAGGGGAAAGGAAUAACGGCGUUCGGACAGACGAAGCUAGCUCCCGGACAAACCACACUGCCCGCCCCCGGCGCAACAACAACGGAGACGGGUGAAAAACUCGCGGAAGGUGGUGAAACGGUCACCGAGGAAGCGGCCGUACCGGAAGAUAUCACCAACUUUUACGACAAGAUGGACAACGAAGAGGAAGAGGAGGAAGCAAACCUCAACACAGUUUCGUUCGAGGUGAACCAGGAAAAGAUUGAAGUGCUGCAGAAGCGCUGUAUUGAGAUCGAGUUCCCGCUGCUGGCGGAGUACGAUUUCCGCAACGAUACGAUCAACGCCGACAUCAACAUCGACCUGAAGCCGGCCGCCGUGCUGCGCCCCUACCAGGAGAAAAGUUUGCGCAAAAUGUUUGGCAACGGGCGGGCCCGAUCCGGGGUGAUUGUGUUGCCCUGCGGUGCCGGCAAAUCGCUGGUCGGCGUAACGGCCUGCUGUACGGUGCGCAAGCGUGCCCUCGUGCUCUGCAACAGCGGCGUGUCGGUGGAGCAGUGGAAGCAACAGUUCAAGAUGUGGUCCACGGCGGACGACAGUAUGAUCUGUCGGUUCACGUCCGAGGCGAAGGAUAAACCGAUGGGUUGUGGCAUUCUCGUGACGACCUACUCCAUGAUAACGCACACCCAGAAGCGUUCCUGGGAGGCGGAACAGACGAUGCGCUGGCUGCAGGAGCAGGAGUGGGGCAUCAUGGUGCUGGACGAGGUGCACACGAUCCCGGCGAAAAUGUUCCGCCGUGUGCUGACCAUCGUACAGUCGCACUGUAAGCUCGGGCUGACCGCAACACUGCUGCGAGAGGACGACAAAAUUGCCGACCUAAACUUCCUGAUCGGUCCGAAGCUGUACGAAGCGAACUGGUUGGAGCUGCAGAAGCGUGGCUACAUUGCCCGGGUCCAGUGCGCUGAGGUAUGGUGCCCGAUGGCGCCCGAGUUCUACCGCGAGUAUCUCAUCGCGAAGACGUCGAAAAAAAUGCUGCUCUACGUAAUGAAUCCGGCCAAGUUUCGGGCUUGCCAGUACUUGAUACGCUACCACGAAAAGCGUGGCGACAAAACGAUCGUCUUCAGCGACAACGUGUUUGCGCUGAAGCAUUACGCGAUCAAGAUGAACAAACCGUACAUCUAUGGGCCGACGUCACAGAACGAGCGUAUUCAGAUCCUGCAGAAUUUCAAAUUCAACCCGAAAGUGAACACAAUCUUCGUGUCGAAGGUGGCUGAUACGAGCUUCGAUUUGCCGGAAGCGAACGUACUGAUUCAGAUCUCCUCGCACGGUGGAUCGCGUCGUCAGGAGGCGCAGCGUUUGGGUCGUAUCUUGCGUGCGAAGAAAGGCGCUAUCGCGGAAGAGUACAACGCGUUUUUCUAUACGCUCGUGUCACAGGACACGCUCGAGAUGGGAUAUUCGCGCAAGCGCCAGCGGUUCCUGGUGAACCAGGGCUACAGCUACAAGGUGAUCACGCAUCUGGCCGGCAUGGAGAGCGAUCCGGAUCUGUUCUACAAGACGCGCGAAGAGCAGGGCCAGCUGCUGCAGCAGGUGCUGUCCGCAACCGAUAUGGACUGUGAGGAUGAGCGUAUGCCGGGCGAUGGGACGGGCGUGCCACGACCUGGUGGAUCGAAGCGUACCGGCGGGCUUAGCUCGAUGGCCGGUGCGGAUGAUGCGAUCUAUUACGAGCGGAAGAAAUCGGCCCAUCAGCAUCCACUGUUUAAGAAGUUCCGCUGCUAGGAUUAGGGCGUGUUUGUGUGUAGUUCAUUAAGAUGCAGUUCUCAAUAAAAAUGGAUUGGAAUGUGGUCUAUCAAAUUGAUUUA